AUGCUUUCCCGUCUUAUUGCCUUAAUUGCCCUGCUUAACUUUGCCGAUGCUCAACUGGUCAACCCAUACAAUGGGGCACAACCAGGCCAAAUCGGCGGAAAUCCAUUGACACAAAAUGGGAUUCCCUGCUAUGGCCAGUUGCAAUGCUCACUUGGACAGGUGUGCUGUGGUCCUUUGCAACUGCCUUCUCUAUCCUCACUUCUCUCUCCAUCAACAACUCUUCAACAACAGCAAAUCGGUACCUGUCAAUCACUCUACUGCCCGCUUGGACAAGUACCGAGGCUUUGCACAGCUGGAGCAACACCGAAUUCCAUCGACUGCACCGUCGUCGCUCCCAACGGCGAUUUUCUCACUGUCACCGUGAUGACCACU